AUGUUCAGAUGCAACUUCCACCAACACUUUUCUACGAGUCUCAAUGCAGUAUUGAGAGAUUCACGUGAAUUUCAGAGCAACUGCCAGCAGAAGGAAGACAUCGAGGUGGACGUACUAAACAUACAGUUCACAGUCCGGCUCUACCGUAGGGACUGCUUUAUCUGCGUUAAGCUUGUAUAUUACGGGUCGUCCGCCGAGAACAUCGCGUGCAACGCUCCUGCAGACAAAAGAAUGCGGAUACGAAUUCUGGAUCUCUAUUCUUCUCACGCUGUGCUUUUGGAUCCCUGGGAUGAUAUACUCUGCGUGGGUUGUUGCCCAACAAAUCCGAGUUGA